UCUCUAUCCAGAGUUUGAGCGGGGCAAAAUGGCGCUGAGAGCUGUACUGAGGAACAAGUGCGGCCUGUCAGUGCGUGCAGGUCUUCUCUCCCAGUGGUCUUCCUGCAGCAGUCAUGGCAGAGUGUGUGCGUCUCCUAUCCUCGUCACUCAGCAGAGGAACAACUCCACCUCGCCAAAGAUCAAAGUGGAUUUUGACCGUAGCACAGGUGUGGCGGUGAUGCGCUUUCAGAGUCCGCCGGUGAACAGCCUCAGUUUAGAUUUCCUCACAGAGUUCUGCAUCGGUUUGGAGAAGCUGGAAACGGACAAGAGCUGCCGAGGUCUCAUCAUCACCUCGAGCCAGCCCAAGGUGUUCUCAGCCGGGCUGGACGUCAUGGAAAUGUACGGGAAGAGUCCAGAGCACUAUAGAGAGUUCUGGAGAGCCGUUCAGGAGAUGUGGCUGAAACUCUACGGCUCCAACAUGGUCACUAUCGCUGCAAUCAAUGGUUCCAGUCCUGCAGGUGGCUGUUUGAUGUCAAUGACAUGUGACUACAGGAUAAUGGCCGACAACCCUCGUUACACUAUUGGCCUCAAUGAGACGCUGUUGGGCAUCGUAGCACCUCCUUGGUUUAAAGACACCAUGUCCAACACGGUGGGCCACCGACAGACAGAGAUGGCUCUGGAGUUGGGGCUCCUCUACAACCCCUCAGAGGCCCUGAAGAUAGGACUGGUGGACCAGCUGGUACCUGAAGACCAGGUCCUCACCACAGCCACACAGACGAUGACCAAGUGGUUGGCUGUUCCAGACCACGCCAGACACCUCACCAAGUUCAUGAUGAGGAAGCCGACCAUCGACAAGCUGACGUCCAACAGAGAGGCCGACAUCCAACAGGUUGUCGACUUCAUCACCAAAGACUCCAUUCAGCGGUCGCUCGGCGCGUAUAUGGAGAUGCUGAAGAAGAGACGAGGAUAGAGGAGACAAGGAAAUGACUCACGUGUACACACG